UUCAUCCAGUAAAUGUUUAUUGGGUAUCUAUUAUUAAUGAGGCGCUAUUUCUGUGGUGGUACAAGCCUUUAAUCCCAGCACAUGAGGCAGAGGCAGGCAGAUUUCUGAGUCUGAAGCCAGGCUGGUCCAGCAGCCAGAGUUAUGUAGAGACUCUCUCUCUCUCUCUCUCUCUCUCUCUCACACACACACACACACACACACACACACACACACUCCAACAAACAAAAAAAGUGCUAGUCUAGGCACAUGUACAGAAAAGAACAAAGUGACAAGGUUUCUAGCUGUUCAGGUAACCAACAUUAAAGUUCACACCAAAUCAGUAGUAGAAUUUCAGUAGUGAGAGCCUCUUUAGGGUGACUGAAGCUGAAACCCAGUGGAAGUUCCCUGUAGAGGAACAGCGCAGCCAACAGAUGGAAAAAGACUUGAGGCAGUUUGAGGAAUAGAAAGGAGACUUGGUGGCUGGAGCCAGGAGCAUAGUGGUAUAUACAUUGCCAUUAUAAUGUGGAGAGAGAGAGAGAGAGAGAACCCCAAAGAUCCGCCUUAUAGUUAGGAAAACAAUAGGGCUGACAAGAUGGCUCACCAAGCCUGACUACCUGAGUCUGAUUCCCCAGAGAACCACACUUUUAAAAGAAAACUGACUCUCCCAAGUUCUCUGGCCACGUGUAUGUUGUAUGCAUGCACCCACAAAAUAUAAAUAAAUAACUCUCUCGGGAAGAAUUCCUUUAAAAAACAAGCAACUUCAGGAGCCACCCCUCAGGCGCGCUGGGAUUUUGGCAGCUGACUUGACCUUGUGCAUGCCGAUCUCCACAACCUCCGGAUCUUAAAAUCUUUUCGCUGCCCCUCUUCUGCAACGAUGUCUGAUUCAAUGAUAGCUGGCCCAUUCGUUUUAUUAUUUUAUGCACUUUGGCGUUUUGCCUCUAAACAUGUCUGUAUGAGGGUUUCGGACCCCCUGGAGCUGGAGUUUCAGAUGGUUGUGAGCUGCCAUGUGGGUAGUCACUUCUCCAGCACCUAGCUGUCCCAUGGCGAGCUUUGCACUCUACGGUCUCUUUUCUUUUCCCCUGGAAACUUAAUUUUUUUAAAUUCAUUUUAUUUUGGGGGCUAGGGAGCGUGACACGGAGCUCGCGUGUGAAGUUCAGGCCAACCUGCUGGAGUCAAUUCACCUUAUACCAUGCGGGCUCCAGGGGUCGGGCUCAGGUUGGCCGCAAGCGCCUUUAGCCGCUGAGUCAUCUCGCCAGCGCGCUCUUUUUAAACUUGAGACAGGGUCUCUGCACGUAGCAGGGUGGGAACUCGCUGCAGGUUGCCUCGGCUGCCGACGAGCUAGGCGGAUGAGCCUGCGCUAGAACGCUCAGUUUCUCUACAUCUGUGGCAAUAAAGUGUCCCCCGAGGACUUAAGCCCAGCAGAAGCCAUGCCACCCACAACCAGCUCGGUUGACUUCCCGGAGAGAGAAGGCAAUUUUUCGCGAGACUUGGUGGGUUGGUCGCCGGUCCGCGGCUUGGCGGCAGCUAUCGCGAGAUUUGAUAGGUGGAGGAGGAGCCAUCUCAGGCAGCCGCCUCACAGCGAUGGCGGCCGAGCAGGGCCGGCGGCAGUGGCGGCUGCGGGUACAGCUGGAGACGGCAGUGGAGGCGCCAGUGGUGGGUGGCGGGGGCCUGUGACCAGGAGGUGCCCUCGGGCCCAGGCACCAUGAGCCAAGGCCCUCCUCCAGGGGAGAGCAGCGAACCCGAGGCAAAGGUCCUCCACACCAAGCGGCUUUACCGGGCUGUGGUGGAGGCUGUGCAUCGGCUAGAUCUCAUCCUUUGCAACAAAGCUGCUUAUCAGGAAGUGUUCAAACCAGAGAACGUUAGCCUGAGGAACAAGCUACGAGAGCUCUGUGUGAAGCUUAUGUUCUUGCAUCCAGUAGACUAUGGGAGGAAGGCUGAGGAACUGCUGUGGAGAAAGCACAUCCACAGUCGGAGCACCUUGGAAUGUGCCUACAGGACUCAUCUGGUCGCUGGCAUUGGCUUCUACCAGCAUCUCCUUCUCUAUAUCCAGUCCCACUACCAGCUGGAACUACAGUGCUGCAUCGACUGGACUCACGUCACCGAUCCCCUCAUGGGAUUCAAGAAGCCAGUAUCUGCUUCAGGAAAGGAGAUGGAUUGGGCACAAAUGGCUUGCCACCGAUGCCUGGUGUACCUGGGGGAUCUGUCACGCUAUCAGAAUGAGUUGGCUGGUGUGGACACCGAGCUGCUAGCUGAGAGAUUCUACUAUCAAGCCUUGUCAGUGGCUCCCCAGAUUGGAAUGCCCUUCAACCAGCUGGGUACCCUUGCAGGCAGCAAGUAUUACAACGUGGAAGCCAUGUAUUGCUACUUGCGCUGCAUCCAGUCGGAAGUGUCCUUUGAGGGAGCCUAUGGGAACCUCAAGAGACUAUAUGACAAGGCAGCCAAAAUGUACCACCAGUUGAAGAAGUCUGAGACCAGGAAGCUCUCCCCUAGCAAAAAGCGAUGCAAAGACAUUAAGAGGUUGUUGGUGAACUUCAUGUACCUACAAAGCCUGUUACAGCCCAAAAGUAGCUCCGUGGACUCAGAACUGACCUCACUCUGCCAGUCAGUCCUAGAGGAUUUCAACCUCUGCCUCUUCUACCUGCCCUCCUCACCCAACCUUGGUCUAACCAACGAGGAUGAGGAGGAGUGUGAAAGUGGAUAUGCUUUCCUCCCCGACCUGCUCAUCUUUCAGAUGGCCAUCAUCUGCCUCAUGGGUGUGCACAGUUUAAAGAGAGCAGGAUCCAAGCAUUAUAGUGCAGCCAUUGCUUUCACCCUGGCCCUCUUUUCCCACCUUAUCAAUCAUGUCAACAUACGGCUGCAGGCGGAACUGGAAGAGGGCGAGAACCCUGUCUCAGCUUUUCAGAGUGAUGGCACAGAUGAACCAGAGUCAAAAGAAGCACUAGAAAAAGAGGAGCCAGAGCCUGAGCCUCCCACUGUGGUACCCCAAGCUGAUGAGGGCAGAAAGAGCCGUAAGCACUCCCGACUCUCUUGUCUACGUCGUCGCCGCCGCCACCAUCCUCCUAAAGCUGGUGAUGACAGUGACCUGAGUGAGGGUUUUGAAUCUGACUCUAGCCAUGACUCUGCCCAGGCCAGUGACGGCUCAGACAGUGGCUCUGAUAAGAGCCUGGAAGGCAGGGGCACUGCUUUUGAUGCAGAGACAGACUCAGAAAUGAACAGCCAGGAGUCCCGGUCAGACCUGGAAGAUAUGGAGGAUGAGGAGGGGACAAGAUCUCCAGCCCAGGAGCCCCCUCAGGCCAGAUCAGAGGUUCCAGAUUCCCUCAAUGGCCCCCUGGGCCCCAGUGAAGCAAGCAUUGCCAGCAAUUUACAAGCCAUGUCCACCCAGAUGUUCCAGACCAAGCGCUGCUUCCGACUGGCUCCCACUUUCAGCAACCUGCUCCUGCAGCCCACCACGGAACCUAACAGUGUGGCCAGUCACAGGCCUUGUGUCAACGGGGAUAUGGACAAGCCUUUAGAACCAGCCUCUGAGGAUGGCUCCGAGUCAGAGGGGAGCGAGUCCAGCAACCGCUCCUGUCGCAACGAGCGCAGCCUUCAGGAGAAGCUGCAGGCCCUGAUGGCUGAGGGCCUCCUUCCUGCUGUGAAGGUCUUCCUGGACUGGCUGCGAACCAACCCUGACCUCAUCAUCGUGUGUGCACAGAGCUCUCAAAGUUUGUGGAACCGCCUGUCUGUGUUGCUGAAUCUGUUGCCAGCAUCUGCUGAGCUCCAGGAUUCUGGCCUGGCUCUGUGUUCCGAAGUCCAAGGUCUCCUUGAAGGCUGCGAGCUGCCUGACCUCCCUGCCAGCCUGCUGCUCCCAGAGGACAUGGCACUGCGUAACCUACCUCCUCUGCGGGCUGCUCAUAGACGCUUUAACUUUGACGCAGAUCGGCCCCUGCUCAGUGCUUUAGAGGAGUCGGUGGUGCGCAUCUGCUGUAUCCGCAGCUUUGGGCACUUUGUUGCUCGCUUACAAGGCAGCAUCCUGCAGUUCAAUCCAGAGGUCGGCAUCUUCGUCAGCAUUGCUCAGUCUGAGCAGGAGAGCCUGCUGCAGCAGGCCCAGGCCCAGUUUCGUAUGGCAGAGGAGGAGGCUCGGCGGAACAGGCUCAUGAGAGACAUGGCUCAGCUACGAUUACAGCUCGAGGUCUCCCAACUGGAAGGGAGCCUACAGCAGCCCAAAGCUCAGUCAGCCAUGUCUCCCUACCUCAUCCCUGACACCCAGGCCCUCUGCUACCACCUCCCUCUUAUCCGCCAGCUUGCCACCAGUGGCCGCUUCAUCAUCAUCAUUCCAAGGACAGUGAUUGAUGGCCUGGAUUUGCUGAAGAAAGAACAGCCAGGGGCCAGGGAUGGCAUCCGGUACCUGGAGGCAGAGUUUAAAAAGGGAAACAGAUACAUUCGCUGCCAGAAGGAGGUGGGAAAGAGCUUUGAGCGGCAUAAACUGAAGAGGCAGGAUGCAGAUGCCUGGACUCUCUAUAAGAUCCUGGACAGCUGCAGACAGCUAACUCUGGCCCAGGGGGCAGGGGAGGAGGACCCAAGUGGCAUGGUGACCAUUAUCACAGGCCUUCAUUUGGACAGCCCCAGUGCACUCUCUGGGCCCAUGCAGGCUGCCCUGCAAGCUGCUGCCCAUGCCAGUGUGGACGUCAAGAACGUUCUAGACUUCUACAGGCAGUGGAAGGAGAUUGGUUGAGACUGGUCUCCAGGCCCUGCCGUGGGGCUGACUCCAGAUUUCUCCUGUUCUCCCUGGCGACCAGGACCACCACCUGUAGUCACCCCACCACAUGCAGACUCAAGCAGGCAAACAGGAAGGAAGGCCAGCUGCACUGAGGCUGCAGGGAGGGCCCAGGAGCCAGCGGGGAGGAUGGGGGCCCCUGUUGCCAAGGCGAAAUCAGGAAAGUGAGGAAGUGCUUGGCGUAGGAGUGGCCAUGGACCCCCGGCCAGCCUUCCACCUUAAACCUGCAGUCCCCAGGGGCAUGGGCAGGGGCAGGCAUGGGGGUCUGCAUUUCAUUGGAGCAGUUCCUGGACUUCUGAGAGGAAAAGAUGACAGAAGGGCCCUGUCCUCACCCAAGAUUCAGGGUGGGUGGGGCUGGGAGUUUGGAGCCCCUAGCUCUUAGGGAAGAGUGGGGAGAUACUGAGUGUCUGCAUGGUUCUCUGCAGACCCCACCCAUCCUCAAGGACCCCCUCAUCCCUUGUCUCCCAUGGGGAACAGGGCAGCUCUAGAGCCAGCUGUGGGGGCUCUUAGGGAAGCAGGGUCUGCACACUUGGAGGCCCCACUUCUCCUCUGCUGCUGCCCAGCUUCCAGGCCCACUUAGGGUGUGGGCUGGAUGGCUGUACACCAGCAGUCAUCCCUUCCCCACCAGCAGUCACUGUGCUUUGUGCUCUUGGCUGCUGUACUGGAUAAGGGGUGCCAAUGAGGGAGCGAAGGCCAAGGCCACCCCUCUGACCAUCCAGGGAGAGCUGGAGGAAGGGUGGCAGAGGGGCAAGGUCCCUGGGAGCUGCUUACUUAGGGCCCUCCUCCAUCCUAGACUACCCUCCUUUUGCCCACCCCCAGAACUAGAGCCCUGGUAGGCUGAGCACAGGCUGGUUUUGGAGUGUCAAAUGACACAGGAGCAGAGAUCAUGAAUACUCAGGGGCAGAGUAGCACCCUGAGAGCAGAGCUAUAGGAGAGGCUCUGGCCAGGACGACCCCAGUUCUACCCCUCAGGCUGGAAGCAGAGCAUAGCUGGGGCUGGGUUCUUUUCUGCUUCCCCCUCCUUGCCCCAACUGGCCUAGCUGCUUUGGCUGUGCUUAAGAGGAGCUGGCUUCCAGCCUUCCACUAAGAAAGAAGGUCUGGGAAAACCAGGGAACAGUUGGGGUUACCACAUUUCCAAUUCUGGCAGACUUGAGACUCAAGCUUAAUAAAGACCCCCUUCCCAAGUGCA